AUGGAUGAGACAAUCGCUUAUCAAGGAAAUAAAUUUACAACGCGCGAAUUAAAAAAUUGUCCAGAAUGUGAUAAGCCUCGAAUCUCUUUUGGUUGGUGCUUUGAGUGUGAAACAAAUGCAUUGAAGGAGAAUUUCAUUCAUUGUUCAACAGAAAAUGAAGAAAUUGAUCAAUUGAUUAAAUUCACUCAACUAAAGGCCACCCCAAUUUGUGAUUAUUUGGAGUAUAUCCCUUUCGAAAAAUUCGAUAUGAUUAAAUAUAUUGGAAGUGGUGGUUUCGGUAGUGUCUAUUCAGCGAUUUGGAUAGAGGGACCUCGGUGGAUUUGGGACGAUGAAUCACAAGAGUGGUCUCGAUCAGGUCCAAUGAAUGUUGUCUUAAAGAGGCUUGACAACUCGCAAAACAUUUCAAGCUCUUAUAUUGCGAAGUUACGCCUCAACACUCGUGAUUUUGACUUUCAAAACUUUAAGAUUCAUUCUAUAAUUGGUACUGGUGCAUUUGCAUCAGUUUAUGCUGCAUGCAUGAAAGAUACACAAACAAAAUUUGCGGUUAAAAAAUUCGCCGAUGAUUAUACCGAAGAAAUCAUCUUAAACGAG